AUGCUCCGGAGUUGUAAACUCGCCGGAAAAAGCAACAACGGCGGUGGCAAGGUGAGAGCGACAGGUACGGGUGAAGGUCGUCUGACGGAGCCGAGCCAGAGUCGGUCCAUGCUCUGGCGGAGCAACCCGAUGCUCCGUCGCCAUCGCCGAGCAACCGCCACCGUCGGAACCGCCAUCACAGUCAAUUUCCGUCUACCUUCACAAGAGAAAAGGUUAAAUCCCUCCGUCGCCUUUCUCUCCCUUCAAAUCGCCGCCGUCGCCUGUCCAGUUCCGGCCGUCACUCCCGCCGCCGACCACGUCCGGUCAGAUCGCCGUGCUCAACCCGGCGCCGCCGCACUCAGCGGCGUCGGUCCACUGUGCAACUCCUCCUCUCAUAGCCAUCGGGUGGUGCGGCCGGUGACGGGAAUGGUAGUGGCUGGGACAUCGACCGGAGCUGAGUGGCACCGCAGGGAACCGCCAUCCGCCGCAGUGCCUGGGAAAAGGAGCCCUACUUUGUUGCCGGUGGAGUCUCACGCACCCUCAUCUACGGUGGCGCUUUUGACCUCGCAGGAUGGAAAUGAAGAGCUCGUGCUCGUCGUUUUUCACGACAAUGGCAACAAUGCUAACCAGCUCGAUCAAAAGCCGAGAACUAUUGCGGAGGUUUUCAAGGUGGGCGAGGAGACUGCAAGGAAGCUUCAGGGGCAAAACGAUGAGAAGGGCCAUAUUGUGAAGGUUGAUGAGGGACUUCAGGUGCGACAUAAUAUUGCCAUUGCGGAGAAUUUUCAAGAUGGCUGUUCAGAUCCUAAAAGGCUUAUUGGAGCACUUGAAAACAUCCUGGAAGUUAUUCCCAUCCUUUCCAUGAUUGAACCCAACACCUUCAUACUGAACAUUACGUUCUCCUCCAAUCUUCCUUUUCUUAUUUGCCUCUCCCCUCAUCAGUUGGUCAAACCCAACCUCAAUACAAACAUUGGGGAUAAGCGUCUGCUGAAACAAAGUGAGGAGCUUGCACAUACAUCUGCAGAACCCUUGGAGAUUACCAGCAAUGAUGGAAGAAAAUCUAUGGCUGUCGUGAAGGGACCUAAUAAUGCUGUGCAUCAGCUUUCUAGUUCAUCUGUUUACAACGACGACUUUGACACCUCUGUUGCAAUGUUUAACUUAGCUGUUAUCUGGUUUCAUCUUCAUGAUUAUGCCAAAUCAUUCUCAUAUUUGGAAACAUUUUAUCGGAACAUUGAACCCAUUGACGAGGCAACAGCCCUUCGUAUAUGCCUUUUGUUGCUGGAUGUUGCUUUAGUAUUUCAUCAUGCAUCAAGAUCUGCUGAUGUUAUAAGCUACAUGGAGAAAGUCUUUUGUGUCAACAACUUGAUUAGUCAAGUAGAUAAUGGAACGUCAGCACAUCAACAAUCUUCCUCGGUUUCAAAACCUACUUCUCUAGCAAGCAAUUCGACUGUGACCGAUUCUUCACAUACGGAUUCUGUUGCUGCAAAUACAUUAGAAAACUCUUUAGCCAGAACUUUGUCUGAAGAAGCACUUGAAGACGAAUCAUUGCAGCUGCUAUCUUUUCUUAACAUUAGCGGUCAAAACGUUCAGAGACUUUCCAGCAUUUCACCUUCACAUGACCUUUCAAGAAGCCAAUCGGAAAACUCCUUAUCCGUCGCCGAUUUAAGGCUUAAGCUGCACCUUUACAAAGUUCGUUUCUUUCUUCUCACGCGGAAUCUCAAAGCAGCCAAGCGUGAAGUCAAGAUGGCUAUGAAUUUAGCUCGUGGCAAGGAUUAUCCCCUGGCCCUUUAUUUAAAAUCUCAGCUCGAAUAUGCCCGAAGGAACCAUCGCAAAGCAAUCAAACUUCUGAUGGCAUCAAGUAAUCGAACAGAGACAGGUAUCUCUAGCAUGUACUACAACAAUCUCGGGUGCAUCUAUUAUCAACUGGGAAAGUAUCAUACGUCGGGUAUAUUCUUCUCCAAAGCACUAAAGGGUUGCUCACUUGUUCGUAAAGGGAAACCCCCGAAACUUCUAACUCUGUCCCAGGAUAAGUCUCUUCUGAUAUCCUAUAAUUGUGGUAUGCACGCAUUUGCCUGUGGCAGACCUUUCCAUGCCGCGCGCUGUUUUCAAAAGGCCAGCCUAAUUUUUUACAACAGACCACUUUUAUGGUUACGAAUUGCUGACUGCUGUCUGAUGGCUCUGGAAAAGGGUCUGAUAACGCCAAAUUUUUCGGCUCCCAGCAGAUCUGAUAUCAGAGUCAACGUUAUUGGGAAGGGAAAAUGGAGGCAUCUUGCUUUGAGUUAUGAUGAUUCGUCUGUGAGUGAUGGAAAACAGCCCGAGCUCUCGAUAUCUCUUGCCUGGCAUUGUCUUGUCAAUGCUUUGUAUCUCUUGGACUCCUCCAAGGCAAAGUAUUCUGUUUCUGGUUCUUCGCCACUUGGUACUAUGGAAAACGAGUCGAAAGAAAAAACGCUUCAAACAAACCACACGAAUGUUGGGGAUGGUAACCCCAGGGAAUCUAAUUCAUCAUCUGGUCCAGGUCAAGUUAUUUCAAACGGCCAAGCGAAAGAGCAAAAGAGUGGAAACAAUUCGAGUGCAUCACUACAGAACUCUGUAAACGACUUUGACAACAUUUGUAUGAAGGAGAAUCAUAUGAUGAAGCAAGCCGUGCUGGCCAAUUUGGCUUAUGUCGAGCUGGCGCUGGGAAAUCCUUUGGAAGCUCUAUCGACGGCAAAGUCCCUUUUGGAACUUCCUGAAUGUUCAAAGAUAUACAUUUUUCUGGGGACUAUAUAUGCAGCCGAGGCUCUGUGCCUACUAAAUCGGCCCAAGGAAGCAGCUGAAGGCCUGUUGAAGUAUGUUUCAAGUGGGAAUCUUGUUGAGCUACCUUAUAGCCGAGAAGACUGUGAAAAGUGGAAAGUGGAAAAGGUUUUUGACAACGAUGAUUCGAAAAGUGCACAGGCAGCUGAUGAAUCCCAGGGAUCAUCUGUGUUUUUUCUUAGUCCUGAAGAGGCACGUGGAAUAUUGUUAGCGAAUUAUGCUGCUAACUUGGCUUUGCUGGGAGAUCUCGAGCAGGCUCAGCAUUUUGUGACCAAGGCAUUAUGUGAUAUACCUAAAAGUCCACAAGCUAUACUUACAGCGAUUUAUUUGGAUCUUAAGUGCAGCAGGACACAAGAAGCUAUUGAGAAGAUGAAACAGCAUGGUGCUGUUAGGUUUUAUCGAAGAAGUUUUAAGUUGAAUGGAUCUUCUUGAUUGUUGUUGAGUUGUUUUCCAUGUGCAAUCACCCUCACUUCGAGUUAGCAGGUAGCUCGAAGGAUGUGUAACAUGUAUAUCGCUGGAGUCAGGGAAAUAAGUGUUCAUUUUCUUUUUUCCUUUUCUCCCCANUAGUGGCUUAAUUUUGUUGAUU